AUGGCAGCCUUGCGGUCGGCCGUCGCCAUUAGUCCAGCUGGCCUUCAACGGUCUCUCGUGCCGCAAGCAGACCUCCUGUCGAAGCGCCAACAGCUCCGCGUGGCUUCAAUAAACCCAAGAAACCGACCAACUUCGGGACGGAAAUCCUUGGUCGUGCGCGCUUCGGACGAGCGGUUCGACAUUGGGGAUUACGGAGCGCGCGACCCGCGGCCGAGUGAGCUGGAGAGCCAGUUCGGCGAUAAGGUCCUCGGGAAUGCCGACACGGAGCACCGCAUUCUGCUGCCGUCGGGAAUCACCGAGGUGGCAGGCCUGGCCGCACGCAACUGCUCGCCGCUGCCAGCUGGCACGCAGCCAUUGGCGGAGCCAGGAGCCCGAGAGCUGCUCAAGCGGGUCGUUGGGUGGAAGCUAGUGUCCGAACCCUCGGGCCUGCGGCUAAGAGGCGAGUGGCGCGUGCGGGACGAGGAGAGCGGGGCCGAGCUGAUGCGGCGGAUGGGGGCCGUGGUGGAAGCACAGCAGGAGCAGUGCGGAGGGGCGCAGCAGGCGGACAUGAGCGUGCAGCAGGGCUACGUUGUGAGGGUUGACCUGCAUACUCCAGCGAUAGGUGGCUUGAGUGAGAAUGACUUCAUAAUUGCAGCCAAGAUGGAUCUAGUCAAGGUCAGCGACCUCAUUAAGAAGGCUCGCUUCUGGGCUUAG